AUGCUCCGUCUCACUUCCUCGCUCCUGGUCGUCGCCCUCUCGCUCUCCUCGCCCCUCCAGAGCGCCUCGGCCUCGCCCAUCCACGGGGCGCCCUUCUACCAUGCCGCGUCCCAGAACUCGACACCCAUCUUCUCGGUCACGGGCACCCACGGCGCAGUGGCCACCGAGGUCGACGUGUGCUCCAACAUUGGCGCACUCACCCUCGAGCGCGGCGGAUCCGCCGCAGACGCCGUCAUCGCCGCCUCGCUCUGCGUCGGCUCCAUUGCCGCCUUCCACUCGGGCAUCGGCGGCGGCGGUUUCGGCAUCGUCCGCGACGUGCGCAGCCCCAGGCACGUCGACAUGAUCGACUUCAGGGAGACGAUGCCCGCCGCCGGCUACGAGCGCAUGUUUGUCGACAACCCGGACAAGAACGCCAGCCUCAUCGGCGGCCUCGCCGUCGGCGUGCCGGGAGAGCUCAAGGCCUGGAAGGCCCUCCACGACCGCUACGGCAAGCUGCCCUGGAAGCAGCUCUUCGAACCCGCCAUCGAGCUCAACACGAGGGGCUUCCUCGUCACCGACCAGCUCAGCAAGGCCCUCGACCCCAAGGCCUACCCCUUCCUCUGCGCCGACCCAGUCUGGAAGGAGGCCUACUGCCCGGACGGCGUCGUCAAGCGCAAGGGCGAGCGCGUCAGGCGCACCCGCUAUGCCCACGCCCUCAAGCGCAUCGCCCACCACGGCAUCGACGACUUCUACUCGGGCACCCUGGCCCAGGGCGUCGUCGACGCCGUGCAGGCACGCAAGGGCAUCCUCACCCUCGACGACCUCGAGGGCUACGAAGCCAUCUGGCGCAAGACCAACAACGUCACCUUCGCCGACGGAAGGUACCGCGCCUACAGCGGCGUGGCGCCCUGCAGCGGCAACGCCGUCCUCUCGACGCUCCAGACCAUGGAUCAGUACGGCACCUCGCUCGAGCCGGGUGUCAACCUCACCACGCACCGCAUCAUCGAGGCCACCAAGUUUGCCUACGGCGAGCGCACCACCUUUGGCGACCCCGCCUUCGUCCACAACGUCACCCGCCUCCAGCACGAGUACCUCCGCCCGGACUACGCCCGCGAGAAGCGCGACAAGAUCCUCGACACGUCGGUGCUCGCCAACGUGACCGACUACGAUCCGUCGCGCUCGGCCAUCCUCGCCGACUCUGGCACCUCGCAGCUCACCGUCGUCGACAAGCACGGCCUCACCGUCACGCUCACCACCACCAUCAACACGUUCUGGGGCAGCCAGGUCAUGACCGAGCACGGCGUCAUCCUCAACAACGAGAUGGACGACUUCAGCUCGCCCGGCUCGGCCAACUUUUUCGGCCUGGCCCCGACGGCGGCCAACUUUAUCCGGCCGGGCAAGCGGCCGCUGUCGUCCAUCUCGCCGCUGAUUGUCAUCGAGGAGGACACGGGCCGCCUGAUCCUCGCUACGGGCUCGGCCGGAGGCUCUCGGAUCAUCACGGCCGUCAUCCAGCUGGCGUUUGACGUGCUCCACUACGGCCUCGACCUGCAAGCUUCGAUCCGCAAACCCCGGUGGCACCACCAGCUCUCGCCCAACGUCGCCAGCUUCGAGUACGACGACCCGACGAUCCCCAAUUUUGACGGCUUCGACAACUCGACCGUCGCCUUCCUCGCCUCGCUCGGUCACAACGUCUCGUACGUCGCGCCUGGCUCUAGCACCCCGCAGGGCGUGCAGCUCUUCGGCAACGGCACCCUCCUCGCCGCCACCGAGGUCAGGCAGCUCUCGGCCCGCGGCGCCGCGUUCUAA